AGUUUUUCCUUUUCCGGUGUUCAGUGGGACGUGAGCUUUUGUGUACUGUUGCUGUGUAAAUCAAUUUAUGUAUUUAUUUUUAAUAAGACACUUGGGUGCAGGUUGUAACCAACUCUAAGAAAAGAGAAAGGUAGAUUUUGUGUUUCCCAAGAAAAGGCUUUUUGAAACAUCAGUACGCUUCACCAUUGUCUGGCUGAAGAUUUGCUACACAGGUUGCUUUGGUUGUACGCAAUGAAUAAGAGAUGUUUUUUACACUUCAUCUUCCUGCUGCUGAUUAUCAAAGUGUCGGUGUCUGUUCCUCCGAUUGUUGAAGGCUUUAAAGGAGACACUGUGAUCUUACCGUGUUUGAUAGAACAAAAUCCAGACAGUGUGUUUUGGCGAUUUGGAGAUUCCAACACCGUGUGUGUCAUCAUUAAGGGUGAAGCUCAUUUUGAGGAACAGGCUUCAGUCUUUAGAAACAGAGUGGGAAUUUUUUCAUCAGAAAUUACACUGGGAAAUUUCUCCAUCAUGCUAAACAGCGUGAGCAAAACUGAUGAAGGACUGUACACCUGCUAUGCCCCUAAUGAAGUAGUUAGACGGGAAAUUAAACUGAAGGUCAAAGAGAAACCAGGAAGUGGUCAAAAUAAGUCACAAGUGGACGGCGUGAUGUUCCUGCUAGAAUGUGUUCUGCUCUACAAUUUCAGCUUCUGAAGAAACCCCUCAGCACAGCGUGUGCAGCGUGUUCUCCUUUUUUAAAGGACCAAAAGUCUCAAUCUCAAUUAAAAGUAAAACUUCUAGGAGUCGGGUUUCUUCAUUGGAAAUGAUCUACCAGGUCUUACCUUUAGCUGUAUUAGUAGGGUUCAGUGACCCGCACUGUCAGAUUGAAGACAUUUCAUAAUAGGAAAAUCAUACUUCAUACUUCCUUUCUCUUGAAAUCAUUCUGGUAAAAGCUGAUUGCUGCUUCAUCUGACUCAAAAAUGUUCCUCCAGAAUUGUCCAGUUGUGUCACGUGAUUAAUCUCUAAUCCGGACUUCUAGUUAUUCUAGUUCUACUUUCUUAGCGAUGGUUUCCAUGUUGUUGUAAACCCUGUGUAUUUGCUCCAGUAAAAGCUUUUCUUGAUUGUUGACCUCGACUCAGAUAUUCCUACUUCCUGGAGGAGGUUCUUCACAUGUAGCCACACCAAUAAACAGCUGAAACGUUCCAGUUACUUUUGGUUUCUUUAAAAGGGUGAGAUCAUUAAAAAAAAGCUUUGGUGUGAAUGUUAAAUACCCUUCGAUUAUAAAAGUGAAAAUCUGCACUUAAUUUCAGUGUGGUGAACAGCUGCAACACCACCACAUCUGGAAAAUCUGAAUAUUUAUGGACCCAAGCAAAGUAAAGUUUAGACAGAAGUACAGAUUUUAACAAUCUGAAGCAUCCUUAUGUACAGAUUUGUAAUAAUAACGAUUCUUGUAAUGGUUUGAUUUAAAUAUUAUUAUUUGUGGUUUCACUGAAAAUGUACUGAAUUUUUGUCCAUUUAUCUGCACGCAAAAAUCCAUAAUAAUACAGAAAAACAUGUUUGUACAGUUCUGUACUCAUUAGCAUAAGUUUUCACACCCCGGUAUGUUGUACUGUUUAGAAGCAUUUUACCAACUUCAUGGUGUUUCUCUGCAGCCUCUAAACACCUGAAUUAGUUCUUUUCUCCCAUUCUUCCUGUCAGGUUUUCAUCCAAACUCAGUUUGUACUGCUUUUAUACAAGUAUCUAUUGUUGUUAUGGAUUAUUGUGUGUAGAUAAAUAGCUGGAAAAACCUUAUUUGAAUUUAAUGUGAAUUGGACGAUUUGUGCAGAAACAGAACUCGUGGGCAUCUUUUCCAAACCCACAGUGUUACUGGUUCUUUCACCUGAAUUCUUCUGCUCAUUAUUGUUUAUUUAUUCUGCAUUGUGUGCAUUUGUAUGAAUAUGUAUUUUAUUUACGAAGUGUUUACAAAGACUGGAUUUACAAAAGUUCUGUUGACCGAUAAUAAACUUCACGCUUGUACAA